AUGAACAAGAUCAUUGUCUACGAGCAUGUUGACUUCAGGGGCCUCAGCAAAGAGUUCACCUCCGAUGUCUCCAACUUAAUUGAUCACAAUUUCAACGACUGCGUCUCUUCUCUGAAAGUGAUUGGCAACCCCUGGGUGGCAUACAGGGAUGUCCAUUUCUCUGGCCCACAAUCAGUCUUUGAGGAAGGAGAAUAUGCCAGACUGGAAAACCACGAGAACGACACCUUUUCUUCUCUGCAGUUGGUGACUGAGGACUUGUCAAACCCUCAGAUCACACUGUAUGAGCAUGUCAACUACCAGGGCAGAAGCCUUGUGAUCAACUGUGAGACCAACCUCUGCAGUCACUCUUUUAAUGACAUAACAUCUUCUCACAAAGUGCAGAGGGGGGCAUGGGUCCUCUACGAGCAUGCAAACCAAACCGGACGCAUAAUGGUGGCCAGAGCUCAUCGUGAUGUGCCCGUCUACGGGCCGUUCAAUGACCUUCUGACUUAUCUGCGUCCCCUGAAGCCAGGAAAACCCAAAGUUACAGUGGUUCUUCUCUGGGACAAGAAGCAAGAAGAGACAAGGUCAGUCACCAUUGAUUCCAUCUGUGGCCACAACGCCACUGACCAACGGCAAAUCUUCUGUCCAGAUCUGUAUCGAAUGUAUGAAGUCUUCACGACUGAGAGGUUCAACUUCUGCAAUGCUGAGGAGAUCAGGAAUGGGACAAAAUUUGAUGUCGACCUCAUUAAGCUGAAGACAGUGUAUGACUUUCCUGUGCAAGAGACCUUCACUGUGCAGAAAGGAAGCAGCAACACCAGGACCACAAAGAAGAGCAUGCAAGUCCCCCUGCCGGCCAGUGUCCCUCCCCACAGCAAGAUCACUGUGAAUGUGCUGGCCAAGGAGGUAGAGGUGAAGAUCCCAGUGAACCUGACCAUUACAAAUUCCUUUAAUAAGACCCAGCUCAUUGGCGGAGAGUACAUAUGCCACUCUAAGCUGCCUGUUCGCACUGUGUACAUGGAAGAGCCCAUUUAG